AUGCGGCUGCGCUCAGGUGUCUUCGCCUCCACCUGCCUCCUGGUGGAGGCUCUGGGGGUUGCGCUGUUCCUCCGUGGCUUCUUCCCGGUUCCUGUCAGGUCCUUGACCCGCAGAGAGGCCCGUGGGGAUCCUCCCGCUGAACCGGCCCCGCCCGGCACAGGAACAGUUUCUAACUGGACCAAAAUUCCACCACCACUUUUCAAAAAAGUUGUCAUUGUGCUGAUAGAUGCUUUGAGAGAUGACUUUGUGUUUGGAUCCAAAGGUAAACUAUUCAUGCCAUACACUACACAAGUUGUUGAAAAAGGGACAUCCUACAGUUUCAUUGCUGAAGCAAAGCCACCCACUGUGACUAUGCCUCGAAUUAAGGCUUUGAUGACAGGCAGCAUACCUGGUUUCAUUGAUGUAAUUGUGAAUCUCAAUUCCCCGGCUCUUUUGGAUGACAAUCUGAUAUGGCAGGCAAAAACAGCUGGGAAAAGAAUAAUCUUUUAUGGUGAUGAUACUUGGGUUAAAUUGUUUCCAAAGCAUUUUGUGGAAUAUGAUGGUACAACAUCCUUUUUUGUGUCAGAUUUUACAGAGGUUGAUGAUAAUGUUACGAGACAUUUGGAUAGAGUGUUAAAGAGAGAAGACUGGGAUGUCCUAAUACUACAUUACCUGGGCUUGGACCAUAUUGGACAUAUGACUGGGCCAAACAGCCCCUUAGUGGGACCAAAACUUCGUGAAAUGGAUAACAUCUUGAAGAAGAUUCAUAUUUCUCUUCUUUCAAAGGAAGAAGCUUCUCUGCCCAAUUUGCUAGUUGUUUGUGGGGAUCAUGGGAUGUCUGAAACAGGUAGUCAUGGUGGCUCUUCAGAAGGAGAAGUGCACACACCACUACUGUUUAUCAGCUCUGCUUUUGAAAAGAGAAGUGGUCCUCCGCUGCAACCUGAAGUUGUGCAACAAACUGAUGUAGCUAGCACACUGGCCAUAGGUCUUGGUCUACCAAUUUCAAGAAACAGUGUUGGGAACCUUAUAUUGCCAAUUGUGGGAGGCAAGACAAUGAGAGAACAGCUACGAUUUGUGCACUUGAAUGGGUUCCAGCUUAGCAGACUGCUGCAAGAGAAUACACUUGCAUAUGAAAAAGAUCCUGGAUAUGAACGUUUUAAAAUAGCAGAGAAGUCUCAUGGUAAUUGGAUCAAACUGUAUUUAGAGGGGAAUAAUUCAGAAAUACUCCUAAAUCUUGGCAAAAAGGUCCUGAAGCAGUAUUUGGAGGCCCUGAAGAUGCUGAGUUCUUCACUAAGCAAACAGGUGGCACAAUAUGACAUGUAUUCGAUGACGGUGGGGACUGUGAUCACUAUGGAGGUUCUGCUGCUGCUUUUGCUCAGUGUGUCAAAAGCCCUGAGCAGCCGGGCAGAAUUUGAAGUGCCGCUCUCUCCUCCACUAUUCUCUCUGCUGUUCUACUUGAUCUGUCUAAUGCUGGGUGCAGUUCAUGUCAUUGUGUGCACAUCAGCAGAAAGUUUAUGCUAUUUCUGCAGUAUGCCCUGGUUAACAGCAGUUGGAGUGAUGAUGCUGAUUUCUGUGCUCAUGUGUGGUAUUUUAUCUGCUGUGGCAAAGAUCUGUGGGAAUUCCAGACUUCCACUGAAGAAUCCAGUUGCGUCCAGUUCCAGCUGGUCAGAAAUAGAUGUACUGAUUCUGGCUGGAACAGUUGGCCAUGUUUUGAGUUUGGGGGCAAGCAGUUUUAUAGAAGAGGAACAUCAAACCUGGUAUUUUCUUAUUAAUACACUUUGCUUGAUGCUGUGUCAGGAACUUUGUAGAAAUAAUUUUCUUCUGGAAGAAAGUGAUCCUCAACACAGCACCACUGUGAAACAAACUUUUGAUAGUAUCAGGAAAGCCUCUGAGUGCAAGCAUAUAGAUAUUUCAGCAACGGAUGAUUCGAAAUUGGGCAAGGCCACCUCUUCAGCUGAAUUCAUCAAAGGAUCAGAUAAGUGGAUAAGCUUAGCAAGUCCAUGGAUCAUCCUAAUUUGCUGUCGGCUACUUCGCUCCUUGAAUCAGACAGGUGUCCAGUGGGCUCAUCGGCCAGACUUUGGACACUGGUUGACAAGUUCUGAACACAAAUCUGAACUCUCCUUCUUGGCUGCAGUCUCCCUACUUCUGAUCUUCAUUCUGGUUCAAAGAAGAUGCUCCCUGGUUUCAAAAAUUGCUAUGGCACUUGGGCUCCUGGGAGUCUACAGUUACCGUGCAGCUAUUGGAAAUGUCAUAUUUCCAUGGCAACGUGACAGCAAAGAGAUUUCCAAGGGGAUUACUGAAGCUCGUUUUGUUUAUGUAUUCGUUCUUGGCAUAGUCUUCACUGGCACUAAAGAUUUACUAAAGUCACAAGUUAUUUCUGCAGACUCCAGCAUAAAGUGUACAGGAUUAUGGGAAGUGUAUAGUGGAUUGGUUCUGCUAUCAGCCCUUCUAUUUAGACCUCACAAUUUACCAGUCUUGGUGUUUUGUCUGCUGAUUCAGACGAUGAUGACAAAAUAUAUCUGGAGACCCUUGAAAUUUGAUGCAGCACAGAUUACUAUCAUGCACUACUGGUUUGGCCAAGCUUUCUUCUAUUUUCAGGGAAAUUCAAAUGGCAUUGCUACUGUGGAUAUUUCAGCAGGUUUUGUGGGACUAGAAGGCUAUGUGGAGAUACCAGCUAUCUUCCUUACUGCAUUUGCAACAUAUGCAGGACCUUUGCUUUGGGCUAUUCAUCUGCUGUGUUACUUGAGUUCUGAAUUCAGCAGGAGCUCAGCAGCAGUGGGUCACGGCUGUUUCUGCUACGCUCUGAUGCGCUCAAUUCCAGUCGCCAUCUACAUCGUCUUGGUGACAGGUCUGCGUUACCACUUGUUCAUCUGGAGUGUCUUCUCACCAAAACUGCUUUAUGAGGCAGUGCACGUGUUCAUCACAGCUGCCGUCUGCCUGUUCUUCACAGCCAUGGAUCAGAACCAUUCUCAGAAAGUGCAGGAUUGAAAAUAAGCAUGUGGUGCGCAGUUCUGCAUUGCAAGGUCCAGCCUGUCACUGGAAUUGAAG